AGGCAGCACGGCAGAGUCAGUAGCUGUUGAGCUGUGGCAUCGAUCAUGGCUGCCUCACGUUGCCAAGCUCUGGCCCUCCUGUGCGCCUGCUGCCUUCUGCUCGCCGGCGCGGCCUCCGGCGGCCGCGUCGACGUCGAAGACAUGCUCAUGAUGGACCGGUUCCGCGCGUGGCAGGCCGCGUACAACCGCUCCUACGUGAGCGCCGCGGAGCGACUGCGCCGGUUCGAGGUGUACCGCCGGAACAUGGAGCUCAUCGAGGCCACGAACCGGCUGGGGCUCUCGUACCAGCUCGGCGAGACCCCGUUCACCGACCUCACCAGCGAGGAGUUCCUGGCCACGCACACCAUGCCGCGCGGGCUGCCCCGCCACGACACCGCCGUGCGGCAGCUCAUCACCACGCGCGCCGGCCCGGUCAGCGAGGGCCGCUACUGGAACUACACGGGCGUCGUCGACGUCCCCGACAGCGUGGACUGGAGGACCAAGGGCGUCUUGACGCCCGUCAAGGACCAAAAACACUGUGGCAGUUGCUGGGCGUUCGCGACGGUGGCGACGAUCGAAGGCCUGCACAAGAUAAAGACGGGCAAGCUUGUCUCCCUCUCGGAGCAGGAGCUCGUGGACUGCGCCUCCCCGCCCAACCACGGCUGCGACGGCGGCAACCCCGCGCUCGGCUUGGCAUGGGUGGCCGACAACGGCGGCCUCACCACGGAGUCCGACUACCCGUACGGGGGCCGGCAGGGCGGCUGCAAGCUCGACAAGAUGCGCAACCACGUGGCCAAGAUCAGCGACGUGGGGUUGGUGGAUCCCGACGACGAGGCGGCGCUGGAGGCCGCCGUGGCGCGGCAACCGGUCGCCGUGGUCAUCAACGCGGAACCCAACAUCCAGCACUACACGGGCGGGGUGUUCCACGGCCCCUGCGACCCCGAGAAGAUCGACCACGCCGUCACGGUGGUCGGGUACGGCGCCGAGCCCGGCGGCGGGCGCAAGUACUGGAUCGUCAGGAACUCGUGGGGUGGCAAGUGGGGCGAGAAGGGGUACUUCCGCCUGGAGAGGCGCGUCAAGGAUAAGCGAGGCAUGUGCGGCGUGGCCACGUUCCCGAGCUUCCCGGUGAUGUGACGACUGAGCUCCGUCGCGCCGGCGGGCCGGGCUUACUUGCCCGGUCGUACGAACGAUUACUACUAGUACCGCCCCCCUUCCUGCACGUGGCCAUGCAAGGCUAUGAGCCUAUAUAUGAGGUGAAAGGGUCAGCUUGGAGAUCGAACAGGCUGAAAUAAACUCGACGCGGCCGGCCGGGUCAGUGUCAGCGUCGUCGUCGUCGUGUUUCCCAGUGUUAUGAAAUUAUGCGUCCUUGUUAAAGAGUAUGAUCAUAACCACGUCCUCUA